AUGUUCUCGUCGCUGCAACCUCACCGGCCGACUAUCCAAAAGCCUCCUCCUCGAGUACCACAAACAACUACCCGAACCUCAUCUACCGCGCCUGAUAACAACCCAUCGUCUCUUCCAUCUACAACAACCACAACCACGACAGAAACGAAGUCCCCUACGACGGCUUCGCCUACCCAAGACAAAAACCCCAAGCCUUAG